AUGGCAGCCGCCAGAACAGGGUCCUGCCCUCUGCUGCUGCCCUUGCUGCUGUGGCUGUGGGUGCCUAAGGAUCCAUUCAGGGCCAAGCCCAGCAACAUGACCUCGGCUCUGCGGUUUGAAAUUCAGCACGUGCAGCCCAGGCCCCAGGGAUGCAACACGGUGAUGGGCAAGGUCAACAAGUACACAAAACAUUGCAAACCCUUCAACACCUUCCUGCAUCAAACCUUCUCCAGUGUGGCCACCACAUAUCACACCCCCAUGGUAGCCUGCCAAGAAGGGUCGAAGAACUGCCACCAGAGCAAAAACCGUGUCUCGCUGAGCACAUGUGAGCUCAACUCAAGGAAGUACCCAGGGUGCAAAUACAAAGAGAGGAGAGGUGCUUCUUACAUUGUGGCCUGUGACCCUCCUGAGAAAGGGGACUCUAGGAAAUUCAAACUGCUUCCUGUGCACUUGGACAAAACCCUUUAG